AUGUUUUUGUUCGAUUGGUUCUAUGGAAUCCUGGCAUCGUUAGGUUUGUGGCAGAAAGACGCGAAGAUCUUGUUCCUAGGUCUUGACAAUGCAGGAAAGACCACCUUGCUUCACAUGCUCAAAGACGAGAGACUAGUUCAGCACCAGCCAACACAGCAUCCCACGUCUGAGGAACUGAGCAUUGGCAGAAUCAAGUUCAAGGCCUUUGACUUGGGAGGCCAUCAGAUUGCUCGUAGGGUCUGGAAAGACUACUAUGCCAAGGUUGAUGCUGUUGUGUACCUAGUGGAUGCUUACGACAAGGAGAGAUUUGGGGAGUCAAAAAGAGAGCUAGACGCUCUUCUAUCAGAUGAAGCCUUAGCAACUGUCCCCUUUCUUAUACUUGGGAACAAGAUUGAUAUUCCUUAUGCAGCCUCAGAAGAUGAGUUAAGGUAUCACUUGGGUCUCACCAAUUUCACAACCGGUAAAGGCACGGUGAGUCUUGGAGAGAGUGGCGUUCGUCCACUUGAGGUCUUCAUGUGCAGCAUCGUCCGCAAAAUGGGAUAUGGUGAGGGCUUUAAAUGGCUUUCUCAAUACAUCAAAUAA